UAAGAAAUACCCUAUAUGCAGAUCAGUAAGAAUUAGGUAUGAAACCACGUAGGAUACUGCUUUUGCUAAUUCAUUUGCUGACAUGGAGCCAUUUGGCUUUGGGUGCGAAAAGGCGCCCAGUUUAUAAUAACUCACAAAACAAGCGGUCUACACAAAUCGAACAUGAACACUAUAUCAAAACAUCAGAGUGUCAUAUUCCGUACAUCCCAAAGCAGGACCAACGCAUUAAAGAAUUAACUGAAGAGGUUGGCAACGAUGGUAGUUGCUCCAAAGGUGAUACUUUGAUCAGUUCUCGAUUUGACGAAAAACUUCAGCAAUAUGUAUUGCAUGUCAACGAUUCGGUUGCCCAAUCGAUUUUGAGGACUAUGGAGGAGGAAUCCCCCAACUUGGUGGGAUACAAUUGCAGCUAUCGUGAGAUCAAAAGAGUGCAUAACAAUUCCACUGCCGUUUCACCUGUCUUCUUGGGUAGAGAAGUCACUUUUUGGGAUGGCUAUAUUGUUCCCCGCAAUGUCGAAGGUCUGAAGGCAACAUGCAGAAAUGAGCUGGCAGAGGAUCUACAAUCAGACACUUUUGCCUUUGUGCAACCUCAAAAAACUGAUUCGCCACUAAUUUCUUGGCAUCGCAGACCCAAUGUUAUAAUGAUUGGCCUGGAUGGAAUUUCCCAGAGCAACUUCCACCGCAAUAUGCCUAAAAUAUUUAACCAUCUGAGGAUGCAGGGUUGGUUUGCGAUGAAGGGAUAUUCCAGAGUGGGUAACAAUACACUGCACAAUUUAAUGGCCUUACUUGCAGGCUACAGUCCUAAUACUUGGAUGAAUCUCAAGUGCGAUGCGAGUAAAGUUGGUUGCAUGAAGUCAAUACCGCUGAUUUGGAAGCGUUUUAAGAGAAAGGGUUAUAUCACAGCCUAUGGCGAGGGCAUGUCCAAGUUGUCAAUAUUCAGUCUGGAUAAGCUUGGAUUUUUUGAAAACCCCACUGACUUUUAUGCACGACCAUUUUUGGAGCUUAAAAAGAAACAAGAGUGCAUUGACAGGCGGUUAAAUAUCAAGUAUAUCUACGACUAUUGUGAGCAGUAUUUAAAGCGACAUGCCAACUCAUCUCGACCAUUAUUUGGUCUUUUCUUUGGCCAGAGUAUAAGUCAUGAUAAAUCCUAUGCAAAUGACAAAAUGCGAGUUGAACUGUUGGAAAAACUUAUGAAAUUAAAGAAAAUGGGUACUCUUUCCGAGUCGAUUGUGGUUCUCUUAAGCGAUCAGGGACCCUUGCGAAAAGGAGAAAGUAAGGACUUCCUUGAGGAAAGUAUGCCCAUUUUAUUCAUUUGGCUGCCAACCUGGUUCAGAGCCCUACAUCCGGAAAUAGUUCAGGCCCUGAGGAUCAACAGUAAACGCCUGACUUCCCCAUACGAUCUGCAUCUCACACUGCAGCACAUUUUGGAACUGGGAGAACGUUGGCCCAGAGCAGUGGACAAACUGGUUGAUUGUCCCACCUGUCAGACUCUUUUUGCCCCAGUUCCCGAGAACCGCACCUGUUCGGAUGCCGGAAUAUCUGAAGCCUACUGCCCAUGUGAUAGCUACAAACUAUUGCAAACCAAGCAGAUAAAGCAAAUGUCAUUGGGAAAGCUCCUCAUUCGCAGUAUUAACAAUUUUCUGCACAAUCACAAUUUACAGGAGCUCUGCUCUAAUCUCACUUUGCAGUCCGUGACAAUGGUGCAACAACGAAGGGAUAGAAAGCCGUCAAGUGGAGGUACCUAUCGAGUGGAUUUCACAGCCAUCCCAAAUAAUUCCACGUUUUCGGCAACCACUCGCUACAAUCACAGGCACCAAAUUCUGGAAUACAUAAAUGUAGAAUCCAUUAAUCGAUUGAACUCCUAUCGAAGUGAUUCCGAUUGCAUGCGAAGGUUAAAGGGCAGGAAGUUCUGUAUUUGCAUGAGUCGAAUAGUAAUGGAUGAACCGAAUGAAAGUGUCAAGGAAGCGCAGGCCCAAAAAAAGAAGGUAGAGUCAGAAAUUCCCAACCAGGAACCUAAAAAAGACUCGGAGUUAAAAAAAAGUUUCCAAAAGACAGAUGAUAAAAAGAAAACAGAAGAUAGUCUGUUUGAAUAUCCAGACAUGAAGCCAGAAAUCAACCAAGAAAUUGAAAUUAUAUCGGUAUAAACGAGUUAAGCCUGAAAUAAAGUUCAACACUCCCUA